AUGGAGAGUUCCGCUGUUCUCCGAGGGCUGCUGGCGUUCAGCCUUCUGGUCGUCUCGUGUCACGGUCAGACGUCGCAGGAAUUGUCUGUUGAGGACUUGGAUGGAGACAGAAGCGAACUUGCAGCAGACAGAGACUUGGUCGAAGCUCUGGAUGUUUUGCUGGGCAGGAUGCAUAAUCGGAUUUCCACAGAGAAGAGAGGCAGUAUCCCGCUGUGCGGGAUGGGUGACCGGUGUGCCAUGAAGUUCGGGCCACGAAUUGGAAAGCUCUGCGACUGUGGCAGAGGAGCCAACUGCAAUUCUUACCUGCUCAAGUGCAUCUGA